GGUGGGCGUGGCCGCGGUGGUUAAGGGCUCUGCCCGUCAGUACCGCGACGGGGUAGGUCUACGCGGUUUUGUACACAGUCCGAGUGCGUCGGGGCGCGUGCGGAAGCCGUUUGGCCUUUUCUCUCGGCCGCGCGGCGGGUGGCCCCCGGCUAUGGCUGCUGGCGAGGGGGCCGACGAAGAGGUGCGAGUGCUGCAGACUCUCCGCGGAAAGAUUUGUCAAGCCAAAAACUUAGUGCCAUAUUCAGGACCAAAUAAAAUGAGAGACUGCUUUUGUACAAUCAAUUUGGAUCAAGAAGAGGUGUUUCGUACUCAAGUGGUAGAAAAAUCUUUAAGUCCAUUUUUUGGAGAAGAGUUUUACUUUGAAAUACCAAGAAUAUUCCAGUAUUUAUCAUUCUAUAUUUAUGACAAAAAUGUUCUACAGAGGGACCUGCGUAUAGGUAAAAUAGCUAUCAAAAAAGAAGAUUUGAGCAUAUAUUCUGGCAAGGAAACAUGGUUUGUACUUCAACCAGUUGAUUCUAACUCAGAAGUUCAGGGAAAAGUACAUCUUGAAUUAAAAUUAAAUGAACUGAUUACAGAUAAUGGAUCUGUAUGCCAGCAGCUAGUAGUACAGUUAAAGGAAUGUCAUGGACUACCUCUUAUUAAUGGGCAAAAUUGUGACCCUUAUGCUACAGUAUCUGUUGUCGGUCCUUCAAGGAACGAUCAAAAGAAGACAAAGGUAAAAAAGAAAACAAGCAAUCCACAAUUUAAUGAAACAUUUUAUUUUGAGGUAACUAGGUCCAGUAGUUACACCAAGAAGUCACAAUUUCAGGUAGAAGAAGAAGACAUUGAGAAACUGGAAGUCAGGAUUGACUUAUGGAACAAUGGCAACUUGGUGCAAGAUCUUUUUCUAGGAGAAAUUAAGAUUCCUGUCAAAGCAUUAGGAAGUGAUACUUUCCAAGCAUGGUACCUCCUACAGCCAAAAGAUAAUGGAAAUAAAUCUGCUAAAAGUGAAGAUCAUGGAUCCCUUAGACUCAAUAUAAAUUAUGCUGAAGAUUAUGUACUUCCAUCUGGGUACUAUGGGUCUCUUAGAGACUUGCUUCUGAAAUCAUCAGAAGUGGAGCCAAUUUCUGCAUCAGCUGCUUACAUUUUGGCCGAAGUGUGUCGUGAUAAAUAUGAUGGUAUUUUGCCACUUGUAAGGUUGUUGCUGCAUCAUCAUAAAUUAGUGCAGUUCAUUACUGCAGUGGCAGAAUUAGAACUGAAGGAAACCCAAGAAGUAAAUACAAUCUUCAGAGGAAACUCUUUAACUACUCGAUGUGUAGAUGAGAUGAUGAAAAUAGUGGGAAAGCACUACUUGAAAGUUACUUUAAAACCAAUUCUAGAUGAGAUAUGUGAGAAUCCUAAACCUUGUGAAAUUGAUCCCCUGAAACUGAAAGAAGGAGAUAAUGUGGAAAUGCACAAGGAAAAUCUUCGUUAUUAUGUUGACAAAGUUUUCAGUACAAUUGUACAAUCAAGUAUAAGUUGCCCAACUUUAAUGUGUGAUGUGUUGUGUUCUCUGAGGCGCUUGGCUGCUGAAAGAUUUCCUAAUGACCCUCAUGUACAGUAUUCUGCAGUGAGCAGCUUUGUGUUCCUUCGUUUCUUUGCUGUAGCUGUAGUAUCGCCUCAUACUUUCCAUUUACGACAUCAUUAUCCAGAUGCACAGACAUCUAGAACAUUAACUCUUAUCUCAAAAGCAAUUCAGACACUGGGAAGCUGGGGAAGUUUAUCCAAAAGCAAGCUGUCAAGCUUCAAGGAGACCUUUAUGUGUGAAUUUUUCAAAAUGUUUCAAGAAGAGGAAUACAUUGAAAUAGUCAAAAAGUUUUUAGAUGAAGUGUCUUCCACGGAAAGUAAAGAACCAAGUGUCAUGAAUGAGCCAUUGCAUCUAAAAGAAGGGGAGAUGUUCAAAAGAGCACAAGGAAGAACUCGUAUUGGAAAAAAGAAUUUCAAGAAGCGUUGGUUCUGCCUUACAAGUAGAGAACUCACUUAUCAUAAGCAACAAGAUAAAGAACCUAUAUUCACCAUUCCAGUCAAAAACAUUCUUGCAGUAGAAAAACUUGAUGAGGGUUCAUUUAACAGGAAAAAUAUGUUUCAAGUAAUACAUGUUGAAAAACCACUCUAUGUGCAGGCAAAUAAUUGUGUGGAGGCUAGUGAGUGGAUAGAAGCUCUCUGUAGAGUGAGCAGAUGCAACCAAAAGCGAUUGAACAUCUAUCACCCAUCUGCUUUUUUGAAUGGAAAUUGGCUUUGCUGUAAAGCCACAUCAGAAAACACAGUGGGCUGUAUGCCAUGUACUGCAGGUGUACCUGCUGACAUUCAGAUAGAAAUAGAUGGAGAUCGAGAAGCAGAGAGAAUCUACUCAGUCUUUGCAAUCAGUAUGCCAAAACUCCAAAAAAUGCAAGAGGCUUGUGGAAGUAUAGCAGUCUACCAAGGUCCACAAAAAGAGCCAGAUGAUUAUUCUAAUUUCAAAAUUGAGGAUUCGGUAGCAACUUUUCAAACUCUUCAGCAAAUAAUAUCAAUUGUAGAACAAUUGGACAUACAUCAUGAUAAGUAUCGAGAAAAAAGAUCAUCUAGUGCUAAAUAUGGCAGUGAAGAAAACCCAAUUGUUGCUAAAAUUUCCUAACCAAAGGCACUUCAAUAGAGAUGGAUUUUGAAAGAAAGGAAUUGGAAUAAUUUUCACUGUUUAAUAACAAACUGCUUUUAUGAUCAUUCAGUGAAUUUAAGAAUAUACAUUUCCUGCAAAAUAGCUGCAUUCACAAGCUUAUUUAAUAUUUAACAGUGGAAAGAACAAUGUGGAAUCAGAUUUCUGCAGGGAUAAGGGAAAACGUACCCAUAUUGUUUAAAGAACCUAACAUACAAAAAUGUAAGUAAACAAGGUAUCUAAAGCUGGGAAGAUCUUCUAAAGAAAUAAGCUUUCUAAGAAAGAAAACAACUAUCACCUUCAGUUGGAAUUUUAUCUGCCAGGAUAAUCAUCAGCUUCUGUGACUAUCACUAUUAUCUGGACAAAGAUAUUCUGACAGGCGGCAAAAGAAUUUGAAGCUUUACAUUCAGCGCACAGUCACUUUUAAAACUUUCUUUCUUAAUCUACAGUAUAAAUGUUGUUUUUAAAAAGGAACAAAAUGAUGGUACUUUUUCAAAAUGUGCAUUGACAAUUAACAAAGUUAUGUUAUUUAAGGUGUCACUGAAGCAGGACAAGUCAGGGAAUCUAUAUGUCUUGUUUACAAUUGGAGUGAAUAGUGAAAGAUGUGAUAUGGAACAAUUGUGUUUUUCUUUUUGAAAUAACUAUUAGUAUUUUUAGUGAUUGGGUUGGGGUUGGGGGAGGAGAAUAUAUGCUGUUCAGGUAAUACUGUAGCUGAAUACCAUGUGGCAUAUCAUUAGUAAUACUUUUUUCAAAAAUGCCUAAAGGUAGAUGAUAUACAGUGAACAUUGCCAUACCCAAUUGUAACUAGCUCUUUUUGAAAGUCACUCCAAGCACUUUACAUAUCUGGUUACCCCCAGAUUAUAAUUCUAGAUACUUUAUAGUAUCUAAUCAUUAUGAUCAGUUGAAUGAUCAGUACUGUGGCUUAAAACCAUACUUUUAUGAAAUUUUAUAUCUAGGAUAUUUUUUACUUGCCAAGUAAAGUUUUGAACUAAACUUUACUUUUAGAAACUCUUAAACAUGCCUUGUUCUAUUUGUACCUAUAGACUGAUAAAAAGACUGGUAUAUAAUAAAUAUGAACAAACUAAUACUUGGGAGAAGAAAAGGCUAAGUUUUUUAAAUCAGUAUUAUAUGACGUUAUCAGAAAUCAAGCUUAACUCAAAAGAAACUUUACCUUUUCUUUAUUGAAUGUGGUACUACAGAAAACUCACCUUGGGAGCAAUUUAUUAAGCACUAUAAAAAUCAGUGUAUUUCCACUGAAGUUAACAUUCAUGAUUAUCUGUUUAUUGGUCCCCUUACCUUUUAAUACUUCUGGUUUACUAUUAUUUGCCACCAUUAGGACUGCUUGCAUUGUCUAAUAGAAAUAUAAAAUAAGGACAUUUAAAAGAUAAAACUGGCUUAAAUACAGUGGUGGGAUUCAGCCAGUUUACACUACUUGGGGAGAACCGGUUGUUAACUUUCUGAGCAGUUUGGUGAACUGGUUGUUGGAAGAAAUCAUUAGGGCAGAGAGCCAGUUGUUAAAUUAUUUGAAUCCCAUCACUGCUUAAAUACUACAUGCUUGUAAUGGUAUGCUAAGAUAAUAAGAGAGCUUGCCAUUAAAGUAAAUAGUCCGAUCCUAAGACUGAACUAACCUCUAAAUUAAAUGUACCUAAAUAGAACUUAUUUUUCCCAAUAGCUGGUAUCCAUGCCUUAUCACUAAAUGUUUUUGAGGCAUAGGUACAAAUAUUUAUUAAACAAGCUCACUGGAUAUAUAUAAAUCUAUCAAUGCAGAUGGUGCACUUGGGGUAAAAUGUAAGGGAAACUGUAAUAAUUUAGUGACAGAAUGAAUGACACAGAUUGUAUAACACAAUCAUUACCACAAAUUAUAACUGGUAAAUGCAAAAUAAAAUGCAAGUGUGAUGUAGAGGACUCAUAACAGAAAAUUGUGUCUGUGUAGUCACCUACGUUGAAGCGUGAACAUCUUUUAUGCAAAAUAUCAGAAAAAUAUGCUUCCAUUCCUUUAAUAAAUUAUAUUUCCAAAGUUAAAAUACAAAUUUCCACAAAAAAAGGGAAACAACAGCAAAGCAACUAAACAAAAAAGUGCAUUAAAAAAAACCAUGCACAUAUAUGGUCACCCUAGUUGAUUACUGAUAAAUAUAUUUCAACAAUAAUAAUUUCCCCCCUUGCAAAAUAGGCCUACUGUUUAUAAACUUCUACAGUUCUAUUUGCCCGACUAAUUUGAUCUGCCAACUAUUUACCAUUAAAAAAGUUAUCAGGUAACUUAUCAGGUAAACUCAACAAUAAAAGUAAACUUCAGAUACUCUUAACAAUAUAUUCUUGUAUUUCGCACACAGAAAGUAAACAACAUCUUCUAAUCUACCAUAAACUACGGCAAUCAUUAUCUCUGAUCUGUCCAGGAUCAAAUCAAUCUUCGACUGAUUCUUUUCCUUAAAAUUAUAAGCAUUAAAAUAUGCUUUCAUUCCUGUGCCUACAUAUACAUACAUAAACUUUAAUACAUUUGGAAAUUGCAAAUUAUGUUUUAAUAUAAGAAAAACAUGAAAAAUAUCAAUUUUAUACAUAAUUUAAUCUUUGAAUUUAAAAAAGAAAGUGGAUCCUUGACGAAGUAUUACAUUUUCACAGAUAAUUCUGAAUUUUAUCAUCUGUGGAAGGAAAAAUCAAGAGAUUCACCCACAGAAAUUCUCCACAUCUAUCACCAGGCUUCCCUUUUCUAGACUGUCAAAUAGGAAACAGCCAUGAGUCACCCGAAAAUAUUCUAGAUUUAUAAUUUAUCAGUCUAAGAACUAUUUUAUACCUGUUUACAGCAUUUGACAGUAAGAAAAACAUUAUUUCCUUCCUGGAUUAUACCAAAUCAAUAGGGUAUAAGUAAAUGUGAAUUCCUCCACCCUGAAUUACUCCUAUAACACCAAUUUAAGAUUGUUCUAUUGAAAUAUUUAUACAAUAGAAAUGAAAGCUUUAUUUUGUUCUGAAAAAUCUAACAUUUGAAUAAUAAACAGAAAUAAUUUACAAUCAUUGGAACUGCAUUUUGUGUCUCUGUUUAGCGGGAUUUUUCAAUUAGAUAUUUCUGUGUAACUGUCAUACAGGGAUGUUGUGUACAGAAGCUCAACCAGCCAGUUGCUAAAUAUCUUUUCCACCUCAAAUAGCUAAUAUGCUAUUGGUUUUUAGUGUAUGGGAGAGGCUAAAUUGACUUCCCCCAUAAGUAUUUAUCUAAAAAUGUUCAUAUAUUUAUGUUGGGGUUUCCUCAGUCCUGUAUCUGUGUGUGUGGAAGAUCACCGUUUGACAUCAAUAUAUAUGAUUGAAUAUAUCAUAUUGAGACUUUUAGGCAAUCAAUGUAUAGUUACGAAUAUAGUUACAGAUAUUUGAAUAUUUGCUUAUAUGCUGAAUUACAGCAUUACUUUGAUCAUCACUGUGUCAUUCAUUCUGUUCUAAUAUUAGUUGAACUAAGCUCUAUUCGUGGUAUUUUAGUAACCACAUAAUUGUAAGAUGCUACUUACCAUUAUUGGUAUUCAUUCCACUUAACCCUUUUGCUUUCCAAUCACAGCUAUUCCCUUUUUUAUAAUAGGACUUGCAGAGAGUAUACCAAUAUCAUUUCAGAAAGCAUGACAUCUGGUAUUGAAGAUUUCAUUCUGCAAAUAGUAUUAAAAGAUGGUACAUUUAUAAUAGUUAUCAUUAAAGAAAAUAGAACUAUGUUAGUUUAGGUAUUGUUCCCUACACCUAUCUAUCAACUUUAUGAAGUAAUUGUUGAGGGCAAUCAUUGGGAAGGAUUUCUAGAGAGACAGAGAUGAAGAGAAAGGACCAUGAAGAUACUCUCAAGACAUCCUUUGACUAGACUCUGCUCUAUCACCUACCAAAGGUCUAGUUCCACCAACCAGCUGCCCUGUAGGAAGGAUACAAGGAUCUUUUUUUACAAUUUUUUAUUUGCUUUUUUGUUUAUGGUUUUUGAUAACUGCUUGCAAACUGCCUUGUAAAAUAUUUAUCUUGGAAGUCAGAUUAUAAAUAAUUGUCAUGAGAAAUAGUUUUAUCCUACCAAAAUCGUGAUUGAUUUUUGGGCUUUGUGCAGGCUUCAUGCUUGUGGAUUGGUUCAUAUAUUAACUUUGUGCUGAAUCAGCGUUAUCGUUAAUAUUUUCCCCUUGCAAAUGAUCUUGUGUUUUCUAUCUUCUCAAACUUGAGGAUUUAUUUUGUGUUUAUUUUCCUAGCCUUUUUUUCCUAGCUUUCAGAUUAUAGUUAGCCAAACGUGUUUUCUAUUUUACAUCUCAGCAUUGCAAUUAAUCCUCCCUGUUUGUCCAUAAAUUCCAGUCUCUUAGUAAGCUGCAAAAUGCUGGAGAGAUCCUUAUACAGUGAAAGACAGGACAUUCACAGAUACUCUGUGACCAUCAUGACUAAAACAACACUCUGCCGAAGUGUAUUUCACCAAAAUUGUCUCCUCUGAAAUAAAAUUUGAAAGCAAAUUAUUUUAAAUUGAAUUGGAACAGAAAGGGAAACAUCAGAAUUUUCAACAUGGUUUUAAUAUAGUGAUAAAUGAAAUGUUUAUUUUGUAAUUGGAUUGCAAUGGGUUGCCCACUAUUCACAGAAUCUAGCACACAUCUCAUACAAUUAUUUUUUCCGUUUUUUAUCAGAAUUCCUCAUUGCAAAUUCAUUAGGUUAUUGAGCAAAUAAUGUACACUAUCCUUAUUUUUGUAUGAUACCUUUUUUGUAUUAAAGGACUUCCAUG